GGUCGGUUGGUAAAGUGAAAGUAGAACUGCAUUUUAAUUGAAGCAGGAUGCUAUUCCUACUGUUUUUCGUAGGAACUGUGUCCUUGGCAUUCUUUAUGACAUCAACUCUUGGAUAUACAAUAUUUACUGGGUAUGAACAUUUCUUUGUCGACUUCGUCUUUUCGUUGUUGAGGAUAUGUGGACAUAUUUUAUACAUAACUAUUGGCUUUCUCUUUGAAUUGUUAAAUCAACUUGUUUCUGUGGUAAUCUCAAUUUUUCCGUACGUUUGGAAAAUUGUGACUAUAGUUAUAUCAUUUUUAAUCUGGGUUGGACGGCAAGUUUUGAAAGGAAUAUUUGGCACAGGCAAUGUUUUCCUUACUGCAAUUAGCUGGGUGUUUUGUUUGUGCAUUUUCUGUUUGUGGACUGAAAGGCUUUUUGCAAGUGUAACUUCAAAUGAAGUUGAUGACAACAACAGAAAUAUGAUCAGAGAAGUUAAUAGAAGAAUGGAAUAUGAAAAUCAGGAGAAUGAAAACGAAGAGAAUAGCAUUGAGGAGGCGGAAAUUAACAUGGCGACGGAGGACAAUGAUAGAAAUACAGUUCGUGAAUUAGAGCACAGACAAACUGGCCAAGGUUUACUUAACAGAGAACCGACUGGUACUGCAGUGUUCCAUGGAGAACGCCUAAUAGUGCGACUUCCAGAAACAACCAGGAAAGCUGUCAAAUGUAUUCAAAUCAAAGGGAAUGAAGGACGUGAUAGUUCCGACACAGAAUCUUAUGGAAGUAGAUGUAGUUCAGAUGAAGAGUUGGAUGAAGUACAUGGUAGUCAGAAUCAAUCUAGAAAUAGUUCAACUAUUUUUAGAAGGAGACGGAGGAGGAGAAGUGACAGCAUUGAGGACUCCAUGUGUGUGGUCUGCUUUGACUCGCCAAGAAAUACAGCAGUUUUUCCAUGUGGACAUUUACAGUUUUGUACUCAAUGUGUGGCGAGUGUGAUGAGAGAAAGAAAAUGUUGUCCUGUCUGUCAGUUGGCCAUUGAAGAAUACAGAAAAGUGUAUCUAUAGAAGUGUGCUAUUUAAUUUUCUGGGAAUGAUGAUUAUUAACAUCGAAAGAAACACACACGUCAUUGAAGAGAACUUCU